UGACCUUGAGAUGAUCGAACAUAUUCAAAAAUCGUACAUGAGUUCGUGGCAUUUGACCUGGCUUACUAAUAACGACUGAAAGUGAAUUGAUUCUAUGAGGACUGUUUUAUGUUCUAUGAUAAACUCAGGCAGCUGAUUGGCCAAUAUAUUCAGGAAUUUUACAACAUAAACUGAUCCGUAAACAACUACCUAUUGUAACUCAUUACAAAACCUAGCUCGUUAUACCUCCAUAUCGUUUUAAUGAAAGUGCACUUAAAUUAUGAUGGAUUUUACUUCUCCACUAUUCAAUAAAUUUCGACAAUGGAACUAUUCGGAUGUAUUGAUUUAAUGGUGCAAUCUGUCCAAUAAAAUACAGACAAUCAUAUACAUAUAUACAUCUUUCAUAUGUAUUAAAUAACAUGCAUAUAACAAUGGAUGAAUCUAAUAAGGAAUUAAUUAAUACUGUACCACAUUCACGGGCAAAAACACGACCAUCUGGAAAAUGUACAUUAGCUAGGAAACGUUUAAAACAAGUGUUUAAUAUGAGAAAAUAUUAUUUAUCAGUUAUUGGAUUGACAGGUUUUGAAGCAUUAUUAGUAUUAUGUCGAGUGAUAUUGGAAACAGAAUCAUUACGUUUACCUCCCGGAAAUACUCAACGAUUAAUUUUAGAAGGUCAAUUAGCUUUAGAAUGUUUAAGUUUAUUUACAUUGACAUUAUUUGUUGUGGAAGUUCCAUUUAAAAUAUGGGCUAUGGGAAUUCGUCAAUGGGGUCGUCAAUUAUUAUUUAUUAUAGAUGGUCUUGUAUGUGCAGUUUGUUUCUCAUUAGAUAUCUAUAAUAUUUAUCGACAUUCUAGUCGAUCAUUAAGAGGGAUUACAUCAUCAAAAGUUUUAGAAUUAUGUAAUUAUUUACAUAUUACUUCACAAGCAGAUACAGCUUCAACAUUUGCUGAAAUCUUUGGUCUUAUGAUUGUUUAUAGAUUAUGGUAUAUUAAAAGAUUUAUAAAAAAAACAGUAUUCAUUAAGAGUAAACAAUCAAUUAAAAGAAUUCAAGAACUUCAACAAGUUUAUGGUGAAGCUGAUCAACGUAUUAAUCAAUUAGAAAAUAUAUUACAAGAACAAAUAGAUCGUAAAGAUAAUCAUCGGUCAAUAUCGAAUGUAAUUUUAGAUAAUAAACAAGGACAACAACAAACAACAAGACCAAUGUCAAAAGUGAAUUAUUCCAAUCGUCCUGCACCACGUCAGUUUUCUAAUAUAGAACGUUAAUCAAUAUUUACAUAUCUAUAUCUACAUAUGUUUUAACCUAUCACUGUAUUCUUACCAUAUAAUAAGCCUUUUGCAUACUUUUUUGGUGUAACAUUUAUACUACUGCUUCAUUUUGUCAGUAGUAUAAAUGAGCUUUAAAAAAUAAAUCAUGUAGAGAGAUUAAAUUUUUCAUUUAGAAAACUUAUAAAAGACUAUAAUUAUACUGGUUCUAUUCUAUGAUUUAUGAUGAAUUGUAUAAUAUGUCUAUAUCAAAUAAUAAUCUAAUAUUCUUCUAUAAAAA